CAUAAACUUAUAGCAGAUGUGUUAUCCAAAUUCUUCUGAAAAAAUAAAUACACUACAUUGCCAAAUGUAUUGGGACACCACUACAAAUUACUGGAUUCAGGUGUUCCAAUCACAUCCAUGGCCAUAGGUGUGCAGACUGCUUCUACAAACAUUUGUGAAAGAAUGGGUCGCUCUCAGGAGUUCAGUGAAUUCAAGCGUGGUAUCGUGAUAGCUUGCCCCCUGUACAAUAAGUCCAUCUGUGAAAUUUCCUUGCUACUAAAUAUUCCACGGUCAACUGUUAGUGGCAUUAUAACAAAGUGGAAGCAACUGGGAACAACAUCAACUCAGCCAAGAAGUGGUAGGCCAUGUAAAAUUACAGAGCGAGGUCAGCAUAUGCUAAAGCACACAGUGUGCAGAAGUUACCAACUGUCUGCAGUCAAUAGCUAAAGACCUACAAACUUUGUGUGGUCUUCAGAUUAGCAAAACAGCAGUGUGUAGAAAGCUUCAUGGAUUUCCAUGGCCGAGAAGCUGCAUCCAAGCCUUAAAUCACCAAAUUCAAUGCAAAACGUUGAAUGCAGUGG